UUUCACACAUUUUUUCUUUUUUUCAAAAAAUUUUUUUUUUAUUUUUUCAGACAUCAAAUGGCAUUUCAAAAUUUGGCAGUUUUUUCUUCAGAACAAUCAAGAAUUACAUUUUUAUUUUUAUCACUGCUAGUAGCCUUAGCCUCAUUACCCAAACAAAGAACAUUAGUUACAGCAAGUUCAAUUAACUAUUUGAGAGCCCAAUAUCCUCCAAUAAGUGAUGCUUGGAUUCGAACAUUGUUAGGCUAUUCAGAUGAAGAAAAUUUGCCAAAUGGAAUUUUUCAGAAUAAUGAAUUACCGAUAACUGGUGAUAAUGAGAAAAUAAAUCAUUGGAAAUCAAAACAAGAAUUUGGUGAAAGAUCAGCUCCUCCAACUCAAUUUUUGAUUUCAAAAAGAAAAAAUGCAGAAUUAGUUAAUCAUAUUUUAAAAAAUUUUGCUUCUAUUAAUCGUCUCGGUGAUGCAGGAAAAUGA